AUGGCGACGGUCGACUUCAGUCGCUAUCGGCGAAUAGUACAGAGGUUCUGGGACCCCGAGCCAACGAACGAUACCGCCGUUGACCAGCCUGUCUGGUGCCUUGGGUCAUCAUACACCCUCGCAGAGAGUGCUCGCCUGGCCGAAACUAGUGUUUCGCCCGUACUAUUACCAUCAUCGUCCGCGUCGUUUGAUGCCGGUUCUCGGUCCGCGGAGAGGCCGGAACCUCCAAGGGACCAGCCAGAAGCAUGCCCGGAGACUGAUCCUUCGAGCCAUCCUCCAGCUCCACGGUCUGAUGGCCAUGAUGGAGAGGGGGGUUGGCCUCCUCUUUUUUUAGAUGAUUUUGAAGCUAAAUUAUGGAUGACUUACCGCUCUGGGUUCGAACCCAUUCCCCGCUCAUCACACCCCGAUGCCUUCUCCGCCCUUUCGUUCUCCAUGAAGAUGAAGAGCCAGCUGGCGGACCAAAAUGGUUUCUCUUCUGACAGUGGCUGGGGUUGCAUGAUUAGAUCUGGGCAGAGUCUCUUGGCCAAUGCCAUGUCCAUACAGCGUCUAGGAAGAAGUACGGUAUACUUCCUUGGUCCAGCUCCCAUGCCUGCGCUAACAGGCGGCUACAGGGCACUAGUAAACGAGAACGAUGAGGGUCUCCGAGUCUACUCGACUGGAGACGGCCCCGACGUGUACGAGGAUGAAUUUAUGAAUAUCGCGAAACCACAAGGCGGGCGAUUCAGGCCUACGUUAGUCCUCGUUGGCACAAGGUUGGGGAUUGACAAAAUCACCCCGGUAUACUGGGACGCUCUUAUCGCUUCACUCCAACUACCGCAAUCCGUAGGGAUAGCUGGGGGCCGUCCAUCCUCUUCCCACUACUUCAUUGGCGCACAGGGUCCCUAUCUUUUCUAUCUAGAUCCGCACCACACUCGGCCUGCCCUGCCCUACUAUCCAGACCCGCAGCAGUACUCCGAUGAGGAGGACGAGGACGACUGGUUUGAAUGGAGAAAGUCAAUCAAGCAUGUUCAGGGAAAGGCAGUAAUAUCGGUCUCGGAUCACAACCCCCUAUCUAGUCGCAGUAGUGACGGCCAUGCAACCGUCGAUGAUGUCCAGUCGCUAAGUGAGGAUGAGCACGACGCCGAGGAAGUUGUUGAUGACGAAGGCGUCAUGGUUCUGAGCUAG